GCGGAUUAAACCCGGUUCACCUAGAUGUUCAAAUGUUUUUAGUGUUUUACUCCAACGCUGGAUGGUGGUGCGAGGUGGAAAACGAUGUGUGGAUGGUGGGAAGGCCUUUUGGUUUCCUGGGCAUUUGAGUUGAUCAAACAGUAAAAGAAAAGAAAAGAAAGGAGAAGACAGGAGAAAAGAAAGAAAAUCAACAUGCUGCGGGUGAAGUGAGGAAGCUGAGGAAAAGGGGCAGAGAUGUGUCGCCUGAUUGUUGGAUAACUGCUGCUGCGCUUCUGCUGGAGAUGGAGCCGCGUCGACUCCGGGUUUCCAAGGGACGAGAAACGCGAGCGGUGGCUGGAUGUGUGAGCGGUUGCAGACCGACCCGCGGGCUUUCCUUCGAGCUCAAUGACAGGGGCAACUGACGGGGGAAGGUGGAGGGAUGGAGAAUGCCAGUCAGCUCAAACCGACGCCGGUCAUCUACGGGGAGCUGUUGAACCUCUCCACCAACGACACCCAUGCCAAUUUCACGUCGAAGGCGGAGGCGAAGGACACUAACUUGGCUUUCCAGGCGGGUCUUGGCGUGACCUUAGCCCUCAUAACGUUCGCCACGACGCUCUCAAACGCGUUCGUCAUCGCCACCAUCUACCAGUCGCGAAAACUGCACACCCCGGCCAACUUUCUGAUCGCCUCGCUGGCGGUCACGGACCUGCUGGUGUCCAUUUUGGUGAUGCCCGUCAGCGCGCUGUACACGGUGAGCCAGACCUGGACUCUGGGGCAGGUCGUGUGUGACAUCUGGCUCUCCUCGGACAUAACGUGCUGCACCGCGUCCAUCCUGCACCUGUGCGUAAUCGCGCUGGACCGCUACUGGGCCAUCACGGACGCGGUGGAGUACUCCAAGAAGCGCACGCCGCGGCGCGCAGCCGGGAUGAUCGCCACCGCCUGGGUCAUCGCCAUCUCCAUCUCCCUGCCGCCUUUCUUCUGGCGCCAGGUGAAAGCGGAGGAGGUGACGAGCUGCAACGUGAACACCGACCACAUUUUCUACACCAUCUACUCCACCUUCGGCGCGUUCUACAUCCCCACGCUGCUGCUCAUCGCCUUGUACGGGAGGAUUUACGUGGAAGCCCGAAAGCGCAUCCUGAAGCAGUCGCGCAACAAGCAGGGCAAGAGACUCACCUCGGCGCGCCUGAUCACCAACUCCCCCGGCUCGGUGGCGUCCACCACCUCGCUGAACUACGGGACGAACGACACCUCCUCCUGCGACACUACCUCGUCCGCGACCGCGAGCCAAGUCAAAGUCACCGUGUCCGACGCGCUGCUGGAGAAGAAGCGGAUCUCCGCCGCCAGGGAGAGGAAGGCGACCAAGACUUUGGGAGUGAUCCUGGGAGCCUACAUCAUUUGCUGGCUCCCGUUUUUCAUUUACACUCUUCUAGUGCCUGCCUGUGAGUCCUGCUUCCACCCGGAGCUAUUUGGCAUUUUCACCUGGCUGGGUUACCUCAACUCGUUAAUCAACCCCAUCAUUUACACCAUGUCCAACGAGGACUUCAAGCAGGCUUUCCACAAGCUCAUUCGGUUCAGAUGCUGCAGGGCAUGA